AUUUCUAAGUGAUAUUAAUAUAAUUAUAAGAUAAUAUGCUUCAAAGAGCUGCUUCAAACGUCUCGGACAAACCUAAGAAUAUGAAAGCAAAGAGAUCCACCAGUUUCGGAAAGUUCGACAACCUCAGACAGCAGCACUCACCUGCCAGGCCUGAGGAAAAUGGAACAACCGUGGCAGAGGGAGAGUCAGGAGCAGAGAAGAGAGAAAAGCCUGGCCUGAAGAAAAAGAUGAAGGCCAUCGCAUUGACCAUGAGGGUGGGAAAGAAAUCUGCCAAAUCAUUCUCUGAGGAUAUGGGUAAAGAUACAGGCCGAGAACCAGAGGGAGAUUUGGAGAACAGCUCUCAAUCAGAGAAAACGUCAAACUGUACCAGUAACUCAUUAGAAAGUCUUUCCAGUGGACUGAGCUCAUCCAGUGGCAUGACUGGCAGUUCAGGAGCAUCCAAUAACAGGGACAGCCCGAGGCUAGAGGAGGACGUGCCCUACACAGGUCCGUUCUGCGGACGAGCCCGAGUGCAUACAGACUUUGUCCCCAGUCCAUAUGAUACAGACUCACUCAACCUCAAGGUUGGAGAUAUAAUCAACAUCAUAAGUAAAUCUCCUAUGGGAAUAUGGACAGGCAUGCUCAACAACAAAGUGGGAAAUUUUAAGUUUAUCUAUGUGACUGUGCUGGAGGAGAAAAAGGAGGAGGCUCCGACGAUCAGACCUCAGAAGCUGUCCAAAAAGCCACAGCCAAGAACAUUGCAGGAGUUACUGGAGAGGCUACAUUUAGAGAAAUAUGCAUCUACGUUGCUCCUGAAUGGCUACCAGACAGUGGAGGACCUGAAGCACUUACAAGAGAAGGAUCUGAUUGAACUGAAUGUGACUGAUCCGGAACACAGAUGUAAACUGCUGGCUGCUUCAGAAGUUAUUUACGAUAUAACCAGAGAAGACCUGGAGGAGACGAAGGGCGAAGAGGACGAUGAAGAGGAGAAUGACUGUCCUAGAGACUCGGGCUGUUUUAUUCCAGCAGAGUGUGCUGAUACAGGCAGAGAGGAGACUGAAAGUCACUAAUGUCUUUAUUCUUUGAAAUACUGGUGUUACAACAACAAUAAAUGUACUCUGAAAAAUCCACUUAA